AUGCCCUUUCUGUCCCCCUACCUGAUCGCCCUCAAGUCUCCUCUCUCCGCAAGGCUGACGUGUGUGUUGAGUCUGGCUUCAGCACACGUCGAACUCUACCCAUCAAACACCUUACGUUUUCCCCCCUCGUGCGCUUUCUUCCCCGCUACCCAAAUCAUCGCUCACAGGACUGCUCUAUCCGCUUGGCUGACGGGCAGCACAGCACCGCCAGACGGCCAAGCAGGCAGUUCCAGUCGCAUCCAGUCAGCUUGUAACGAGGAUGGCUCGGCCGCCGUGUCAGUGUCGUGGGAGGACUGGCAGCGCGCGUACGAACAGGCGCGAGGCGCGGAGGGCAGGCAGCAACAGCAGGGGCGUGUGGGGAGCUUGGGGGUUGGAUGCAGUAGAGGCGAGCAGAGCAAAGGCAGGGACGAUGGCAGUGGGCGAGGGGAGGACUGGCAGUGUGCAUACGAGCAGGAGCAUGUGAAAGGGAUGCAAGGCGGACGGCAGGAGACGUGUGGGCAGGGCACGGAGCAGUGCAGCGGGGGAAGGGACGGGUGGGGGUGGGUGCGGGGGGUAGCAGCACAGCAUGGGGAGGGUGGAGGGGGGGAGAAGCAGGCGCAGAGGGGAGCUGUCGUGCAGAUGGGGGGAAAAGGGCGAGACGUGGGUGAUAUGCAGAUGCAGGGGCAUGCGCAGGGGCAGGGGCAGGGGCAGGGGCAGAGGGAGGGGCAGGGGGUUGCUGGAGGUGAUGGUGGUUGGGAGUGGCUCCCUCGCCCCUCUGCGCCGCCCGUAUGGGAGAUGACUGGUGCUGUGACGAGUGCUGUGGCGCAGUCUGUGUCUCACAGUGCUGUGGCGCUGCCUGAGGCUCACAGUGCAGGCCGUGGUUACCAGGAAGCACGGGCAGGGGCUGGUGUUGAAAGCGGUGCAGAGGGGUGGGGGAGAGCUGGCAUGGGUACAGGAGGGGGUGUUGGUGGGGUUGAGAGGAUGGGAGCGGAAGGGGAAGGAGGCAAUGCAGUGACUGGAGGAGGUGUGUUGGUUGCUGGAGUUCUGCCAUUCCAGCACACCUCUCCAGCCACCCCCUCUGCUAUCACACCAGUCUCUCCAGCCAUGCCUUCAAUGCCUCUCCACACUCUCACCAGCGCCAGAGGCUUGAGGCAGAACCGCCCUCUUAUAUCCGUCGGACCCUAUCAGGCCUACCCUGCAGACAUCAGGGUGGUCAUCAAGCCAUCCCUCCCCACCGCUCCUUCCAAAGCCGCCUCGAAGCGCCCAGCAUCCACCACUGCCAGCCCGGCUGCCAGGCUCGCAAGCACGGUGGCCCGUGUUGCCCGGGUGGUGGUGGGAGGGGGCAAGGUGCAGGUGAUGCCUGUGGCGGGCACGGUGCAGGUGACAUCUGGACGAGUGCGCCUGCUGGGACUGGCUGUUGCUCGGCUGCACCUCGCCCACCACUGGCCAUCGUCCACCUCGCACCUCCGCCUCCUCCUGCACAGCCCCUUCUCCGCCGCCCACACGUGCGCAUGCCGGUGGAGCAGCACCCGGCUCACACGGCCACACAGGCAUGCCAACAGCAUUCGAGACAGGGAGAUGCAAGCUGGUGCCAGCAGAGGCGCGGGUUCAGCUGGUGGGGGCGACAUGAGGGCCAGUCAUGUGAAUACAAGCAAUGGAUUGGCUCUUGAUGGGAGAGGGAAUGGCAGGGAUGGUGUGUGUGUGAGUACAGACUCUAGACCUGGGGAAGGGGGCCUGUGGAGUGGAGGGAGGGGGGGGGUGGAGCAGCAGGGGAGUGGGGAAGCAGGGAGCGGUGGUGGUGGUGUGGUGCAGGUGGCGAGGGCCAAGGCGUGUGUGCCCAUGUGGCAUGGCAUGGAUGUCAGACUCACGGGCUCUAUGUGUGUCAAGGUGCCUUGGGUGAGUGUCAUGGUGCCUUGGGUGAGUGUCAUCGUGCCUUGGGUGAGUGGCAUGGUGCCUUGGGUGAGUGGCAUGAUGCCUUGGGUGAGUGGCAUGGUGGGUCGGGUGAGUGGUGCAUUGGGUGAGUGGUGCAUUGGGUGA